AUCUAUGCACAACGAACACAAUCUGAGGCAGGACGCAACCAAAAAUUGCCAGACCCUACACCUGUAGCUUCACCACCUCCGGCAGGUAUCAGCCAUGCAUCGCCUAUCAAACAAAAACAAUACAUCCCUGAAAUUGCUCCAAUGAGGCGUGGCAGACCCACUGCUGCACCUCAACCAACAGCUGCAGCUGCGUCAUCUGCUAAGAACUCGGAUCCUUUUGCUGCUCUCGAUUCUGCCUCGAAUACCAUUCGAUCUCGUGCUGUAGAUGAGCUCUCAGCCAAGUUCCCCUCGUUGGACGAAUUCUCGAUCGCCCAUGAUUCAGGAGGCUUCAACUUCAGCUCGUCCAAACCGAAGAAGAACGAUCCUAUCACAAGUGCUUUGGCAGAUGAGGUUUUUGCACGUCCGGCAUCAGCAAAGGCCACACCUCCCCCCAAAUCUGAGUAUACUCCAGCUCAAAGUUUCAGCAAGCCACCCACGAAGCCUGAGACCAGCACGAAAGCCCAAGCACCUCCUAAACCCAAAACACUGCUGCAUCAACCAGCACCUCAAAGACCGAAUUAUUCUUCUACCGGCACCAUGACAUCUCCAUCCGAGACUCAACCUGCACAACCAGCCCUACCGAAGAUGCCAGAAGUGAGCAAGAGGCCAAUCUGGCGCGUCCCGGAUCACUCAAGAUCCUCGAGCCAGCCACGUGCUUCCCCCAUGGCUCAGAAAGAAGCCGAUAGACUCCAGCCUAGUGCACCACCUGCUCAAAGACCUGCGCUACUAGACUCACACAGAUCCAAAUCGCAAACUGCCACGAUGACGCUUGCAAAGCAAACGACCUCUUCUAGGCCCUCCUUGGAAGGCCACAGACCAUCUUUUGGUUACGAGGAGGGAAUUAGCAGAGCGAGAUCUGCCAACCCAAGGCCGCGACCUGUUAGUGCUGCGUACGUGGACUCUAAUCUUGACUACUUGCGGGAACAGGAAGCCGAGAGGAAGAGACCAUCACUUGAGAUCAGGAGAUCAAGCCGAUCAAUUAGAAGCACCGAGCUCAACUUUGACGAUGCAAACAUUGAGAGCGACGCCGAUUAUCUCAGAAGUUUGGAGAACAAUGAUGGAUUGAGUCGCCGCAGUAGCGGCAGGAGUGCUGCUCACAACAAACGCUCCAGCUUGUCCUCAUUCAGCUUAAGUGGAACAAAGAACAUGCUGACAGGCAGGUUUGGUGAUGCUUUCAAGAGAUUUGAGCAGGCCGGGGGAGAAGAAAAGACCGAGAAGAGCGGUAGAGGGUCUGAAUCAGGAUUCAGAACUCCUAGCCCCAACCCACCGAUGCAAACUGAGGGUAACCUGCUUAGCCCGAUCGCAGACUCCGAGACUAAUGAGACACCGCGACGCCCAGAAGUCACCAAGUCUGAUCUUGACGAUUUAAUUGAGACUGAAGAUCUACCGCCAGAGAUGCGCAGAGAAAUGGAAAGACUACAGCUCGCACAGGAAGAGAAGCGUGUAGCAGCAGCGGCGGCCGAGCACAGAAGUCGCGGAGGUGCACCGCCCGUACCAUCGAAAGCCAACAUGAUUCAACAGCGCGUUCAAUCCUUAUUGGACGACGGACAGAAGUCACCCGUACGAAAGAGGCAAGCGGAGGGCUACGGGCGCUACACAGACAGGGUAGAGACUGCGGAGCCUGAGCGUCUACCUACACCCACAACUCAGCCCGGUUUGAAAAGACAAGCACCGCCUGUUGCGAGAAAACCAGCUACGCCUGUUCCCUCAAUUGCUGCUGCACCUGGAGAAGUGGAUAUGAACUUGAGAUACCACAAGGUCAGACAAUCCCAGUCGUUCCCGAUAGUAGCAGACACAUAUCCUUUGGAGCACUCGGUGUCGGCACCUGCGCAAAGAACAGGAACAGCACCAAGGCCGAAUGCACCUGCCAAACCAGCGGCGCUCAAAACGGGUGGAUCAGCAGUGUCGUAUGGUCGACCGCCAUCCUCCGGAAUGACCAGCCCGGUAUACAACCAGCCGUCAGGGGCAACUCGUGGACCCAGCCUCGCAGCAUUGAUUGCACGGGACAACGAGGGUGUCGCGGGAGUUGGUGCUGGCAACAAUAUUGGCAUGGAGCAAGCAACGCGGCAAGAACCAGAAAUCACCAAUCAAGCAGAUUUCGAGGAUUGGCAAGCAGAUUUCAGCAAAAGAUACCCGAGUCUGAGUGGCAUUGAAAUGGUGGAAAGAGAAAUAGCAGCGACGGGUGGAAGCAGGGACGGAGGACGACGUGGAAUGCGAGUUAGAGAUGUCUAA